GUCCCUUAGUCUCCAAGUACCGAUCCGCGUUGAGUGCUUCAAAUUCACCCUGGCAAUUGAACACUCUGGUCUUGUGUCAAAUGAUGGCUUUCUUUCCCGUUAAGACGGUCCUCUACUUUUCCCCAAACCCAUGAUGACUCGCGGACGCAAGAAGGACCCCACCAUCCCAAUAACCCGCUCGUUGGCUCAGCAGCGCGACUACCGUGCUCGCAGAGCACAGUACAUCGCUGACCUCGAAAAGAAGUGCCGUCUUCUCGAGAUGGAGAAUCAUGACCUCAGACAAGAGUUGAGGUAUUUGAACGUGCCCAAUCCAUAUAUCGUGCGUCGUAGAAUUUUGACUACCAGUGGAUAUAUUCUCAUUUAUUCCGUGGUUGGGGUUGACGUAGAACCAAGCACCCGGACAUGUUCUGUUACCUGUGACACACAUGGAGCGGUCUGGAAAUGCGGCCGCUCUUUCAGACGCGGCACAGAGACACCGGGUUCCUUCCUACCCUCCCUCGUCCCCUUCUCUGCCGCCGUCUUCACCAGCAAACUCUCAUACCGCCGGUGAGGUCGAAGAGAGUGACUCCGCGCCUUCAAAAUCAAGAGUUUGCAAACGCAUGCCGAAAUUUCCGAGAGAUCUUUUGCAUGAUGAGGAUGAAGGCCGGAUACAGAAUUCGCGGUAAUAUAUGGCAGCACACGAACCCGGCAUCCCGACAGUAUGACUACUGCUGCACCAUGACAUACAAUACUAUUCCGUU